UCUGCAUCCAUACGUACAUGGGGAUGCCCGCGCUGCCGACCACCCCGGCAUCGGAAGCAGCUCACACCUCGCUACCUCCGUCUGAAGAGGGCUCCUCCAGCGCCCUGGGCGCCCCAUUUGGCAAAUCUACCCAGAUCAUGUCAGCUAAGCUUCUAGUGGUUUUCUUCCUUCUGUCAGUGUUUCAAGCCUGUUCUAGAAAGGUUGAAGAGGAUGAAUAUGAAGACGGAACAACUAACCAAAAAUGGGUAUUAGCUCCAAAAACACAGGACACAGAUGUGACUCUCAUACUAAACAAGCUGCUGAGAGAGUAUGACAAAAAGCUGCGGCCAGAUAUUGGAAUAAAACCAACAGUUAUUGAUGUUGACAUUUAUGUCAACAGCAUUGGUCCUGUAUCAUCAAUAAAUAUGGAAUAUCAAAUUGAUAUAUUUUUUGCCCAGACAUGGACAGACAGCCGUCUUCGUUUCAACAGCACCAUGAAAAUACUGACCCUGAACAGCAACAUGGUUGGUUUGAUUUGGAUACCAGAUACGAUAUUCCGGAAUUCCAAAACAGCAGAAGCUCACUGGAUCACCACCCCCAAUCAGCUGCUCAGGAUAUGGAACGAUGGCAAAAUCUUAUAUACCCUCAGGCUUACCAUCAAUGCUGAAUGCCAGCUGCAGCUACAUAAUUUCCCAAUGGAUGAACACUCGUGUCCAUUGAUAUUCUCUAGCUACGGCUACCCUAAAGAGGAAAUGAUUUACAGAUGGAGAAAAAAUUCAGUCGAGGCUGCUGACCAGAAGUCUUGGAGACUCUAUCAGUUUGACUUUAUGGGUCUUAGAAACACUUCAGAAAUUGUGAAGACCUCUGCAGGUGAUUAUGUAGUCAUGACUAUAUACUUUGAUUUAAGUAGAAGAAUGGGAUACUUCACUAUUCAAACAUACAUUCCCUGUAUAUUAACAGUUGUUCUUUCCUGGGUAUCCUUUUGGAUUAAAAAAGAUGCCACACCAGCAAGAACAGCAUUAGGUAUUACCACAGUAUUGACUAUGACAACUUUGAGUACCAUUGCCAGAAAGUCAUUACCCCGUGUCUCCUAUGUCACCGCUAUGGAUCUGUUUGUGACUGUGUGCUUUCUAUUUGUCUUUGCUGCUCUGAUGGAGUAUGCAACCCUCAACUACUACUCAAGUUGCAGAAAACCAAACUGUACUAAGAAGAAAAAGUCGCUACCAGAUGUCAGUUUUGGUCAUGUGAUGAAUUAUUCUGUACUUGAUAUGAGACCACCAGCUACAGUCAUCACAUUGAACAAUGCCAUGUAUUGGCAAGAAUUUGAAGAGGCAUGUGUCUAUGAAUGCCUGGAUGGGAAAGACUGCCAGAGCUUUUUCUGUUGUUAUGAAGAAUGUAAAUCAGGCUCAUGGAGGAGAGGACGGAUUCACAUAGACAUCUUAGAACUGGACUCUUACUCUAGGGUCUUUUUUCCUACAUCCUUCCUUCUGUUUAACCUGGUCUACUGGGUUGGAUACCUCUAUCUUUAAAUUUUGCCUGUAGUGGUGAAGACUACUGUUUUCACGCUGCUUAGGGGUGGUGAAAGUGCAGAAAAAGUGAAGGACACGGUCAGUUUCAUCUCAAAUUAUGGCGGCCACGUUAACCUUCAUCAUCAGGGAAACUGAUGAAGAAUUUUAGUAUGUAAUUGCCUGAAAAAGAAAAACAUGGAUGAAUUCUCUCCUUACUGCUAUUCAUUUUAAGGAAAAGAUUCUUACUAAAUUCAGCUGAAUUUGUAGUAUAAGCGAUGUUUAUGAAAAAUUAUUGUAUAUUAGAAUCUUUACUACUCUCCCUUGGCAUAGAAGCUAUACACAAUUCAGGCAAAGGUUAAAUAUGUAAUUUUUGUUCUUCAUUCCCAUAUUUUCUUCAAAAUGCUGACAUAUCCCUGAGACUCAAAACAACAUCCACAGGCAUUGGCAAAGCCCACUAAGCCACCCAUUUGUAUUUAAACUUGCUUGAGCUAUGACCCAUAGGUUCUGGGAAUUUUUUUCUUGGUGAUUUCGUUGCGAUAGAGAAACCACCAAAAGACAGAAAAAAAUAUCUCCAAUGGGACUAAGAUGAUGUGAAAGUUACUUCCUGUAAAGGUCUGGGAUUUAUGGAAUUAGCAAUUUACCUACACAGAUUGAUUUUAAUUUGAGGUGAAAAGGCUGAGUUAGAAGAAUGCUAAUAUUUUGAUGUAAAGUGAAAGAUUUGCCUAUCUUGGAGGUAGUUGUGGAUAUAACUUCUACAGCUUUUCAAAACUUUACUGUCUUUUUUAUGACUGGUUAAACACAGGAAAGUCGUUGAUUUCUAAAGUACUCUACUUGAAGCAGGACAUGAUUCCUGCUUGUUUAUGUCGUUGUAGCAGACCAUAGUUGAUAGACCAGGAGUAAGAUUCACUACACAAUAGCACUACAAGUUGUGAGUUUCUUCAGAUUCCAAUUUACUACAAAGUGCACUCAUUCAUUCUUAUUUUUUCUCUCUAAGUUAUUUUAUAAAAUGGAAAAAAGUGUAUGCCAAAGUACAUUUUUAUUCCUUCCAUGAAGUUAAAAAUUGCAGUCCUCAUUCAUGGCAGACAGUUCUUGGGUCUGAGCUGAAGAUUGGACACUUUUGACUUGAAUAGUGCAUUAUGGGAGCUCAAUUGUCUGCCUUGGAUUAAGCAUGGACUAGUUCCCCCAUAUAGAAAAAGGUUGCUUUGUUUUGAUUUUUUUCACAGACUAGCAACUACAUUUUAAUCUAGAAAGCCAUGCUGUUUUUUUCAAAAGCUUUACCAUUAACUUCUUAAACUACCCAUUUUACAAAACUUAGUUUUACAGUGUUGAAUUAGUUUACUUUUUUUACAGACUCCCUCAAUAAUUUUUAUUAAGCAAACAAAUCAGACUCAAAACUAAAGAGCAAUGGCUCUUCAGUGCUCUUUGGAUGACAAAUAGUUACAAAUGAUAAAAGUAAAGCACAUCUAAAAGGUAAAUUCUGAUUUUUUCUUGUCUGGAAGACCGGAUCAAUUUUUCCUUAUCUAAAUGAAAAUAUGUGUCUCUUCCACACAAUAUUUGAAAAAAAUGAAUAGUAGAUAUGAUUGAGGAGCAAUUAUUUUUAUUGUCAGAAAGCAAAUCCUGCAAACAUGCAAAGACUAGUGCAAAGGUGAUUUUAAAGGAAUAGUAAUGUAGUCAUGUUCUUUGAAACAGUCUGUCAUUGCUGUUUCUCUGUGCUUCCACAGUAUUUUUAACUGAAAAAAAAAAGCUAACACAAAAGGUAAAUAUAGUUUUUCAAAAUAUUUUCAUCUGCUUUUCAAUUGUCUGAAGUACCAGAGCCAGAAAGCUAGGUUUACAGUGGGGAGGGGAACCAUUUAUCCAAGAACUGACAAAAUUCAAAGUAGAAGCACAGAGAAGAAAUCAGAUAUUUUGGGGUAGGAGCAAAAUCUCAUCUUGAGCAAAAGCUGUCCAAUCUGGAUUCUAAACUAAUAAUGACCCAUUGAUUUCAAAAUACAUGUUGAAGCUUUUGCUAACUCUUAGUAGCAAAUUACUCUGUAAACCAAUUACUCUGUAAAACUCUGUGUCCAGCUCCUGUAAGUAUGAAUUAUAUUUAGGGAUCGGAAUUAUCUUUUCAGCAGGGCAAGAAGGAGUUUGAAUUGAAGCUGAAUAUCCCAGGCUGAAAUUAUGAAUUAGUCAGAUUUAACAGCCACUUUCAGCCAUACGUUGCAAGAAUACUAGUAAAAUAUGAAGCCUAAAUAAAAGAAUGGAACCAGAUAUCCUUUAGGGGACUGAUCCUGCAAAGCCUCUGCACAAUCAGUUUUGGUGGGAGUACUUAAACAAAUGAGACACAAGAAAGCGGCUUCCACCACUAGAUCUUGGAUAAGUAAAGUGAGGUUUAUUUUAGCAAUGGCAUACUUCAGCAAACAUCCUGGGAGUAAGUGUGGAAAGGGAAUGUUUGAUUUUUAGAUGAUGUGCACAUGCUAUUCUUACGCUUCUGCUCACAGCUACCCACUUUAGCUAAAAGCACACAAUACUGUCAGAUCCUUCCUUGGAAGACUGAUUCUGCUAAGGCUGUUUAUAUUGCCUCCACUUUUUGAGUGCUUUCAUAAGCACAUAUUGGAAGCAUAAUAUUCCACUUUUGAGGCUCCUGACCAAAACAGAAUGUGCAGCCAGUUCUGGUUUCCUCUCUUACACUGACAACAGAGGAUAUAUUCUACUUUGAAGUAUAUUCUACUUUGGGGUUAAGUACAAUAAAUUGGUUUGUAUGCAAGGUAAGCACAGAGGUCUGCACAGAUCUGUACGCCAGACAUUCUGCAUUAUUAAAAAAUAUCCUCAUUAGUGUUCAGACAUCCUUUUGAUUCCUUUGUGAACUGAAAAAAAUUAACACUUCUGUGGGACUGCAGAGUCCCGUCAGAAAUUUCAGAAUCACCUUUUAGCGUUUUAGAACACUUUAUUGUCAGAUAAUUUCAUAUUCAAGAUGCAUUUCCUCAGCUACUUCUUUUUUGUAAUUUCGUACUUUUUUUUGCCUUUCUAGGAAAGGGAAGGGAAUGGAAGUAUGUGUGAGUAUAUCCAACUCAUUUAGGUAUGUCUGUAGAAUCACAAAAUCAAGUACCUUCUCAUUAUAUUCUUUCCUUAUUAAAGUUACAGAAAAGAUUGUGAGUUUUUUAACCUUAAUUCCUUGCACAAUAAUCCACUUUUCCCAGCAAGAUGAAUAGUUGUAAAAUCAAACCUCUGCUUUCAUUCCCUUCACUUCAGUUCAGUUGCAUUCACUUCAAUUAAGAACUGAGGAAUAGUAUUUUCCUGCUUAAGGACAGCAUUUUCAAGGCAGCUAAGAAUGUAUGAAAAUAUUGCUCUGUUUAAUUCAGAAUCUAAGUCGUCUUAGUUCUUCUGCCCUUGACAUAGUGAGAGCUCCUUCUUAGUAGUUUCUUUAGGAAAAAAUGCCAGAAAACAGCCCUUAUUCCAAUAAUUAGUGUAUAAAAACUACCAGCCAGCUUAUUUUGUCUCCAUUUCUAGCAGUAAUGUGGGACUAAGCACUCCACACAAUCUUGGUGUAACUUUCUAAGCAAGAAGUAUGCUAGUAGAUUAAAAUACCUAAGGCCUUUUUCACCUUCAAAUGCUCCUUUCCUCCCUCACCGACCAUCACUUGUAUAUUAGGUCCAUAAAAAUGACUGAAAUUACAGCAAGGAAAUCCAGAACUAUCUUCACAAAGGUGACGAAAUGUGAAGCUAAAAGAAAAGCAGGAGAUUAUUUUUCUUUGCUGUACAGUUCUUACCUGUCCUACUCUUCUUCAAUUCUUCCCAGCACUUCUACACAACUAACUCCAAAUCAUCCACCUGGUGUUUUGCACAUUCACCAGCUGUAACAGCAGCGACACAUGAGCCUUUAGCUGACAAGAAAUGAUAUUUCUGGAACUGGAGGCAUCCUACCAAGUAAUGCAGAUAACCUAUCUUGAACACUUUUACGUCCCUAAUGAGUCUCAGAGCCUAGCACCUCAUGUUGCCCCAUGAAUUUAUCAUAACUCGCCUUCCUUAAUCCCUUCAUGACCUACAGAAGGAUGCUUAUCUACUUUUUACACCAAAUUUCAGCAUAUAUCUAGAAGGAUGACCCUGCUCGGUUCACAUGCCAAGUGACCAGGUGCCAGACAGCUCUGGAAACACCAUGGUUGCCACAUUGGAAUGAUUUUGUGGGAAGAGAGACUGUAAAUGUUGUAAGAUAGAAUUUAUUAGCCUCACAGUCUAGAGGGUUGGUGUUACUCUCUAAGCUGUAGAACAAUGCACUCACUACAACUUGUAAAGACUCUCCAUAACAUCCUGAACUUGUCCCAUUGGCUGCACUUUCUGAUUUUCCAGAAAGCACUAGGAAAAGGCAAGCCAUAGCCCAUAAUCUUAGCUGCCUACACCAUUAAAGGAUUUUUUCAAGGUACGUUCUGCUUGCUUACAGUGAAAUCCUUGUGCUUCUUAUAUUUAACAUUCAUUGAUGUUGAAGGAUAUAUUCCCGGCCUGAAAGUUAGAAAGAGUGACAAUUAGCUUGUUGUAGUUCUUCCUGAGCGCUACAAUGUGUGACCACUGUUCUAGCUAUCUUCAACAUACACAUUGAGCACUGGCUACUUUUUCUUUCUUUCUUUCUUAUUUUAAGCACUUCAUAGAUUCCUUGAUCUCUAAGUAGCAAAAAAAACUGCAGUGGGAUCGAGUCAGUUCAGCAGAAUCCUUCCUUCUUCAUGCAGCAGCUUCAUUCCACUAAGAUGUGCAGAGCAUAAGCUCAAGGCUGAUGUUUAUCUCAUCCAGGUGACUUCCUAGAAGACAGUUUAAAACAGGCGAAGAACAAAUGAUGCUGUGUUCCAUUGGGAACACAUUUUCGCUACUAAAAGUGAGGUUCUUUUUCCUUCACAACUUUUAUCUUUUUUCAUUGUAGGUAUAUCUUCUUCUUUCUUUCUUUCUUUUCUACUAAUCCAGAAGAUUACCAAGCACAAAAUCAGCUCAGUUCCCUUGCUAUUGGAUCCAGCAGCUGCAAACUAUUGUUGCAGGCAACUGCUUGCUUCCCCUCAAAUGUCCUUGUGUGGCAGUAGUGGAGGCCACAGAGGAUGUGCAGAGAGAAUCAGCUUCCCUACGCAUAAACUUUCUCCAUCUAAUGCUGUACGAAUGUUGUACGUAGAUGUGGGAGAGCUCAGCACAAUUCUCCCAUAAACCACCUCUUUUUAGACUUCAUUGCCUCUUUCCUGUCAGUGGGUGAAGUUAUUAUGAAUUAUUGCCAGAUCUAAUCCUAUCAAAAGAGAAAGUAAUAAUGGAGCUGAAGUAGUUUAGGAAACAAUAGUCAUGCUCCAAGACCUUGGUUAAACUCUCAUCAUUCUUUGUUAGGGCAGGCUGUCCUAACAGUGCUCCAGCUCUACAGUAAACAUUUAGUUUCUAACUCAAUCAUCACUUCUCAGCAGAAGUGUGACCAACAUAAUAGACUGUACUGGAUUAGCAGCUUAUCCUAAAACAUUGAGCAAAAUUCCAGGUCAAGGGUAUAAACAAAUGAGUGAUGCCAACACUUGCUCAUCCCCUUUUAUUUUCUUUUCAUAUCUACCUCUUAUUUUGCUCCACUACUAGCAGUGAGUGCUGCUAACAGCAUUCACAUCUAAUCUCUCAGAGGAAGGCACAAAGAGCAGAGGGUAUUGUAAGGCAUUCAGUAUCAACAUUUUACAAAAUCUUUACUGCACGUUUCUAGGAGGUAUUUGAGGAGGAGCCAGCAGACUGGAACACUGAUUCAUGCACAGGGACCAUCCUAUGAUACUUCUUUGCUAGGGACUUAAUACAUAGCUGUGGUAACACACAUUACCAUUUUGCUAGCUUUUUUUCUCCGUUCCCUUAAUAGCAUUUACAAAAAAGGAACACUAGGAAAGAACAAUUUGAGGAGAGAAGCUGUCAUUUAUUUUAUACAGGGGCUGCUGGAAACAAUGUUGAAUAGCACCAUUGAUCCACAAAUAGGCUUUAUCACAUGCUAUGUUCUGUUGCUAGCCUAUUCAGAAGGGAGAUUUGAAACUUUCACUUACAUGCUAAAAAGAGCAUAAUAAUCAUUAGUCUUGUAGUAUAUCCAUAUGCAUACAGAUUCUUAAGGUUCACAGCAUUCUCUUUUUGAAGGGUUCUAGUACAUAUUUGAGAAAAAUGAAGACCGUUCUUCAUGACUCAGUGGCUUUAAUACUUUUGUCUCUUCCCCUAGGAUUCAUAGUUUGUCUGGAAAGCAAACAAAAAACAAACAAACAGAAAGCCUACCUUCCUCAUCACUUUGACAUUUUACUCUUAGCAUCUAAAACUAAAUGAUGUUUUAACAGCAAAAUUACCAUUUUCACUUUGAACUGCAUUGCUCUGACUAGUUGAACAGUGAACUUUUUGUACAUUAUACCUGUGGUGGAUUAGUGGAAAAAAGAUAUGCUAGCCUGUAACCCUGUUUAACAUUGAGCCUGAGUUAGGUAUAAACGACAUUCUAAUUUUCCUCUUCUUGGUAGCUAUUUCUUUAAAUGAUUUUGGAAUGUGACCAUCUUUUAGCGCUUGGUUAGUGUCCACUGACAUUCCUCAAGAGAUAUAUCCAAGAUUACGUAUUCCCUCUACAAUCUACAAACUUUAUUUUUUCUUUUUCAUUGUGGGUCCUCAGGUCAGUGUUUGUAUGCAUCUGGAGUCCUCGAGGGUUUUCACAGAAUACAUAUGGAAUUAGAUAAUAAAAUUCAUCAUGAAGUUCAGUGCCUCAGAGUCUGGCACCUGAGAAUUCUCUAGCUGUUAUCUAAACAUGCAUCUUGAUUUUCUAGUCAUUUGCUAUUUUUGAAUGAUGAAGUAACAGAGCAGAAGAAAUGUGGUUAUGUUUAUUCAUAUGUCUGGGAAUGGGCUUACUCAAGCACUAAGCCAGGCAAACGAGGCACUGAUAAGGUCAACUAUUUGCCAGGUACUCUUUUGUAUGGGUAAUGGGUGGCAUUAGCCAGAGGAGCCACAACAGCACAUUUCGUGUCAUCAAAAUACUCAGGUAACUCAGGUUUAUUUGGAGGCCUAAGCCAACCUGCAGAACUUUGUACAGUCCCAGCAGCUUCUUCAUUGCACCUAGUACUCAUGUCCCUACCUGCAUAGAAACAGGGAGGCAGUGGCAGUGGCUGGGAGAAAUGAAGCUGCACUAGCAUAAUAUAGUAUAAAAAGCAAAGGAUGAAGGAUUCACAGGGAAGCUGGUGACAGCUUAUUUUUGAGACGGUAUCACGAUUACAAGUUUUAAGGAGAGGACCUCUAGGUCUAUCUCAGUCAAAAACACCUGCAUCCAUCAAAACCAUUGACCAGAAGAGGGUUUUAAGUUUAAAUAUUCUUAAAAGCAAACAAGAGCUUUGGAUCACAUUCCAGCUGGUUGACUCUGUGCAUUAGCUGGCCUAAAAGCUUAGGGAGAGCAGAUUCCAAACUUAUGUUAGAGGCCAAAAAUGGUAAAUGCCAAAGUUUCUAAAUUGUGUCUUAAUAGACGAUGGAUGAAGAGACUGAUAUUGAUGACAUAUUUGAAAACCACUGACAGCAAAAGAAAGUGAAAAAGAGAAUGCUAUAGAUUCCAUUUCAUGCAUACAGAAUGCAUGGGAUCCUUACAACGUAAGUUGCUGGUGAAUUCAUGCAACGCUGAUAAAAUAGUUGCAUGUGACAAUAUACAGGCAGGUGAGGGGAGUACGACACACGCAAGACAGAGCCUUCCAAAGGAAACAGGGUUUCAGAAUAACCUUCCACAAAGCAAUGCUCCUCUGAGCAACAGUGGGAAAUCUUGUGCAGAGCAAUUACAGUAUCAGUUACCCCUUUUCACUUUUGUAGCUGUUAAGGAGUCCUGUAACUUUAUUGUCAUCCACGCUCACCUGCAAUACCAGCCGUAAAAAAUGAGCCAACACGUGAUCACAAGCAGAAGCACUGGGCUGGAGGGAAAUUGUUGAAAUACUGAAUCUAGUCCAUGGCUGUCACAGGCAACCAUCAACCACCUUGUACAGUCCUGUUCUUAAAAGCUCAACAUAUUUUUCUCAAUUUUUUUUUUUUCUGAUAUGACAACCUAUGGAUAUUUUUUAAUUUUAAGUCAGUGCAAUUUUAGAAUCGAACAAAAUUUGCCAACUAUGUAUUAAAUUUAACUUUCUUACAGAACACAAAUAAAAUUUUAGAUUUCUAAUUAUCCUUCCUUCCUAAGUUUUUCUUAAGAGUGUGUGAUUUCUUUGCUAGCAGUGCAGCUUGUGAUGUCAUAGUGAAAUGAAAGUACAAUUAUGUGCCCAAUGUGCCUUGAAUAAUACAGGUAGCACUAGUACCAGUAUGUCAUUAUAAGUUAGAUAGCCAUCCUAGUGAUCCCCCAAACUGACCCAGGCAGGAGAGCCAAACAUCCUUGUGCUUCACCUCCUCAAGUUUUCAGACAACAAUGUUCCUCUACCAGUCACAUCCAUUCCACUUUAUUUUGUGUUAAGGAGUAGGACUGUGCGUCUAGAAUACUAUUUAUAUUCGUAUUUUGAUUCCAACAUUUGUAUUCUGGAUACAAAUAAAUACACAUUAUC